AUGCUUUGCCACUCGCGGGGACCGAAAUUCCCGCGAUUCCGGAAAAAGAACAAACCGGAAUCGACGGAAAAGUCCAUUUCAUCGGACCAUUCCGCCAGGGAUUCUGGAAUAAGUUACGAUGAAAUGUCACCAACAAGCAAUGAUGUUUCCGAAAAGAUUUCCGAACCCGAGAAGCCAUUAUUGGCGACAAAGUAUACUCAACGUGACAAGUCUCUGCGACUCAAUCACGGCGGAUGGGACAGAAACGAAAAAGCAGAAAAGGAAUUCUCCGAACCAGUCUACCCAAGCAUCAACGAAGUCCUCCGACUAGGAGGCCCGUACCCACAGACGAUCAGAUCAAGCUUCAACGACUUCUGGUUUCGCGGAUUUCAUGAUCAAAGCCCCUUCUCUUGGGUUGGAGAUAAACUCCUAGAAGCUGUUUCGAACCAAGAACCGCCAAAAUUGGAUGAAGAAUGUGAAGAAAUUACUUACAGAAAACACUUUAUUGGAAAGGAGCAUUUGAACUUCUACGGCCGCGACGAAGAAUACGGCCCCAUCAUCCUUUCCGUAAAAGUCGAAGAAGAAGAGUACCGAGUUAUCAUCAGAUGCCGAGAUGGAAACUUUGAACGAAAAUUCAAGCUGCAAAACGAUGCAAGUGGACCGCUAGAAUGGGCAAAGAGUGUAGUUCCUCAAUUGACUGCGAAAGGAUGCAGAUUCAAUCCUGUUCUAUGCAUUAACGCCUGGCAACGAAUCGUGACUUUCGACGAGCACGCGAACACGAAGAAAAAUCACAAAUUCGCGGUCUUCCUUCAGAAGUUUGGGCAAACAACUGAAGAUGAGCUGCUCUCCAACUCUUCCGGAAACGCGUCGUUCCAAGAGUUCCUCUCUUUCCUUGGCGAGGAGACUUCGCUCAAAGAUCAUUCUGGAUUCCGCGGCGGACUUACUCCAGUUACUGAUGGCGACAAGACUGUAUACACAAAGUUUGACAACAGGAAAAGGGUUGAAAAGACCAUGAAAAAGAUAACAAUAUCCAUAGACUUUUUGACGCAAAAUGAGUUUUCAUGA